AUGACGGAAACGGAAUCUCAGUUCAACAAAGCUCCUUGCCCUCCAGGGACGAUUCUUGGGUUACAACUUUCCCUAGCUGAAGAUCAAGACGAAAACAACGAUGUUGCAGGUUCCAGUUCAGAGGGUGCUCCUGGAACCGAAGCUAUAGAUCGCGGAGCACCAUCCGCUCAAGAACCAGAUGAAGAUACUAAACAAGAAAAAAAGAAGAGCGACGAUACUGCUGCUGAAGAUGAAGAAAAGGAUGGUUCAUCAACGACAACGACAACAACUACGACAGAAGCCCCUCAGGAAGAGUCUUCCGAAGAGGAUCCAGCAACGCUUGAACAAAUGAGGAAAUGUGUUGAUCGACAUGAUCUUUGCAAAUUUUGGGCAUCAAUUGGCGAAUGUCAAACGAACAAAGUAUGGAUGGAAGCUCACUGUCCAGUUUCAUGCGUUGUCUGUCACGGUAUAACGGCAUGCGUUGAUCGACAUCGUCUAUGCAAUUUCUGGACAGCGAUUAGAGAAUGUGAGACGAAUGCUGUUUGGAUGUUAUCCAAUUGUCCCAAAUCAUGUAAAGCGUGUAAAGGCAAAACUAUAGGUCCCAAUGGAGGUUCACGAAAAGAUGGCGGAUUUCGGGAAGAAGAUUGCACAUUCAUCACAACACAUGAAGACACCUCUCAUCGUCGGACACUUUCCAUCAACGACGUAAGGAACAGUAAUGCGAACUUUAACUGUGCUCCUACUCAGCAGGCACCGAAUUGCAACAAAAAUCUCUGCUAUCAUCUAAGAUUCCGCACCUUUGACGGCACAUGUAACAACUUCAAUCGACCACUUCUCGGGUCAGCAUUCACUGCACUGAUGCGACUGAAGGCCCCUAUGUACGACAAUGGUCUCAAUGCUCCCACAUCGUCAUUCUCCCGGACCCGUCCAUCAUCUCGUGAUGCAUCCCGUCUGCUCCUUUCGUCGGCAUCACAUAUUCCCCAUAGUUCGAAUGCACUUCUGAUGCAAUGGGGCCAAUUUAUUGCUCACGAUAUUGCAAAGACAACUAUGCUGAACAAUCAGGAAUGUGCAGCCUGCACAUCGAACAAAGGCCGAUGCUUCUCCGUGUUUCUCUCCAGAGCCGAUCCAACGUGA